AUGGCAGCCGUGAGCGCGAGCGCGAGGCCAGGCGUGGACGACGCUGCCGCUGCUGGAGGGGAUAGGUGGCCGCGAGCUCGAGCGCGAGGCCGGGCGUGGACGCCGCCGCCGCUGACGGAGGGGAUGGCGGCCGCGAGCUCGAGCGCGAGCUCCGCCGAGCGGGGCUCUGUCGACUGCAAGCACAAGAGCGAGCUCCACCGGGCGCGGACGCAAGCGAAGGAGGAGAUGCCGGACGAUGAGGAGCAGGCGGUGGCAGGGCGGGGGGCGCCGUGCGGGGCGUGCAGGAUGCUGCGACGCAGGUGCGUGCCGGGCUGCGUCUUCGCGCCUUACUUCACGGCGGAUGACUUCGCAGCCGUGCACUGCGUCUUCGGCGCCAGCAACGUGUCCAAGAUGCUGGAGCGCAUCGAGCUCCCCGAGCAGCGGCGGGUGGCCGCGGCGACGCUCGUCGAGGAGGCCAAGGCGCGGCAGCGGGACCCCACCUUCGGCCGCGUCUCCUACAUCCGCAUCCUCCAGGAGGUGAACGACAAGGCCAGGGAGCAGGUGGACGCGGCACGGGAGGAGAUCGCAGGGAGUUCGGCGCCCUGGCCGCGGUCGAGCCCCUUCCGUUCCCGGCGCGUGAGCGCGAGCGAUAUCUGGUUCCAUAUACACUCGCUAUUACCACUGCGUGAUUCUGUCCAUUUUGCCUGCGUUUCUCGCACAUUUAUGUGCUUUUGGAAAUGCCACCCCAAUCUUAUUUUCACUGAGGAGGCACUGGGCUUGAAACGAAAUGCUUGUGAAAAAGGUGACAUAGCAAAGGAUUUUACUAGCAGAGUUGACAGUAUUCUUAAAAAUCACGUAGGUGUUGGCGUGAAGACACUGAAGAUUGUAGUCUAUAAUCAUUAUAAUGUUGAUGCCAACCAUUUUAAUAGUUGGCUUCAGAGUGCAAUUACACCAGGCAUUGAAGAAAUCACCCUUUUCCUACCUACAAAUUAUAGGGACGGGUAUAACUUCCCAUGCUCAGUUUUACUCAAUGGCCGUGGAAACUCAAUUCGGUAUCUUCACCUCACCUAUUGUGCGUUCCGGCCCAUGGUUGGAUUUGAUUGCUUGAGAAGACUGACAAAGCUACAUCUAUAUCAAGUGUGCAUCACGGGGAAUGAGUUAGGAUGUCUUAUUUCCAAAUCUUUUGCUUUGGAACAGUUAGAACUCAUGUCUUGCGAUGAGCUAAUCUGCCUGAAGAUCCCAUUAUGUCUGGAGCGUCUCAGCUGCCUGCGUGUCACUUGGUGCAAAAUGCUUAAGGUAAUAGAGAGCACGGCCCCAAACCUUUCCUCUUUUGACCUCUUUGGUGAUUCAAUACAACUCUCACUUGGAGAAUCAUCACAACUGAAGAACCUGCAUGUGGGCUUUUCAUACCAUGACAACUUUGUCAGCUAUUCUAUUACCAGACUUCCUUCCAUUGUGCCACAUCUGGAAACUCUUACGAUAUCUUCGACUGGUGAGACGGUUGAUACACCAAUAGCAGUUGACAGAUUCCUCCACCUCAAGUGCUUGAAGAUUUACCUUGAAGUUGAUUAUUUGGCCUUUUCUCCAGCCUAUGAUUAUUUGUCGUUGGUUUCCUUUCUGGAUGCAUCUCCUGCUCUGGAGACUUUUAUCUUGAGUGUUAAUCAUGUGGAGGAAAUGGAGCAUGUUUCGGUUUAUGGGUAUGUCUCGCCUAUGAGGCAGAUCCAUGGUCUCAAGCAUCACAGGCUCAGGAAGGUGCACAUCAAUGGUUUCUGCUCUGCAAAGAGCAUGGUUGAGUUGACAUGCCAUAUCCUAGAAAAUGCAACGUCACUUGAAAGUCUUACCGUGGACACCAUAUUUAACGAGGUGGCAGAUAGUAAUAUUAGUCGGUGUUCUGUUCAAAGCACUGGUGAAUGCAGCCCCGUACGUAGGGAUAAGAUUUUGGAAGCGCGCAAAUCACUCAGCGUUAUCAGAAGUUACAUCCUAGGUAGAGUUCCUUCAACGGUUAAGUUGAAUGUUGGGGAGCCUUGUAACCGAUGCCACGUUAUAGAUGUCUAG